AUGGGUCGAAGAUCCGACCCCGUCUGCCUCAUCUGCCUGGAAACCCUGACCUCCGAGGAAUUCAGGAACGGUGAAGCCAUGACUUUGGACUGCCAGUGCCGCGGCGACCUGGCGCUGCGGCACCGCGAGUGUGCCAUCAAGUGGGCCCAGGUGAAGGGCGACUGCAUCUGCGAGCUGUGCAAGCACGAGGUGAAGAACCUGCCGGCGCUGCCCCCCAGGCCGCCGCAGGAAGAAGGCAAUGCCGGCAUGGAGGACGUCUACUCCUCGCAGCAGAUGGUGGAGCUGGCGCCGAGCCAUGCAGACCUGGUGUUCGACUGCGUACGUGUCACAUGGGUGGCCAUGAUCGUCUCUAUCCUCUUCUUUGACAUGAACCUGGCGUCGGCGCUGUGGACCGGCCUGGUCGCCGGCCUCGCGUAUUCCUUCAUGGUGCGCCUCAUGUACCGCCAGCACUUCGCAGCAAUGCAGCGGCUGGCGGAGGCCCAUGCAGCGGGAGCAGGCAGCCUCGCCCGCGGGCCCGUCCACAUCCCCAUCGUCACGGUGGUGUGA